AUGUCGCUAAUCGAUACAUUCCACUUUGAUAUCUACGUUGCGGUCUGCUACUCAGAGCCCGGUUGGCCUGAUCACUGGAUGGUUCUUCUGCGUCACCCUGGAGCUGAUCGAUGCGCAUAUAGGUUCCACUCCCUUCAGAAUAAUGUUGACUUUCAACUAGCGAUUGAAUACAAUACACGAUUUGAUAGCCGCAGCAUUAAGCAGACCUUCUAUUUGGGCCGGAUCCCUACGAGCGCGAUCUGUACAGUCGAGCGAGAAGCCCACGCUGUCCCACCCCAAAGCUGCCAAUGCUGGGUUCUGUACUUCCUUCUCCGAUUACAGUGGAAUCACUUAGUUCCUCUUGGAACCUACGAGCACUGGCGCGACAACCACGUUGAAUCCCACCGCGUGGAUAGAGGCCCCGGUAUUGGUCAAUAG